GUGACGUCACACGAUUCACGUGAGAUCGUAAUGGAUCCCUCCGCACCCAGGAUAAAAUAGUCCCCAAAGCCUGAGGACUCUCCACUACUCCAGAAAACGGAGACAGAUAUACUCAUAUUCUUCUGGGAUCUCUGAGAAGCCCUGGGAUUUUGGGUGCCGGAUCCAGGGCAGUUCCCGACCUCGCCCUUCCGCAGUGGCGCGGAAGUAGAUCCGGCUUGUUGAAAAGACGAUGGGUCCUUCCGCGGCGGGGGGAGGAGGAUGGCGGCCGAGUCGAUGCCGGAGCGGGAGAGGAACCCGGAGGAGAAAACAGCGGAGUGAAGGCCCCAGACUUCGAACUGACUCUGCUGCCCCAGAGCAAGCCCCCUUCUGUGCUUUGGGCUUCUUGCCCGGGGCACUGCCCAGCUUAGUGGGCAAGAGACAGUGGUGACUUCGAGGCCUGAGUGCAGGGGCCUCAGGACCUUCUGCACGGCACCCGCAAGAGAUACCCCUGGUGAGGCCAGUCACUCCCGAGGUACCUGUGCCCUGUGCCCAGGCAAGCCAGGGCCAUCGAUGGAGGAGAAUGAGGUGGAGAGCAGCAGCGAUGCGGCACCCCGGCCUGCCCAGGAGGAGCCUUCUGAGAGCGGGCUUGAUGUGGGCACCUCAGAGGCCAUGUCAGCCGACAGCAGUGAUGCCACUGCUACAGCCCCAGGGCCCAGUCUCUUGUCAGAGGCAGAUGAUUCUGUUGUGGGGCAGAGCUCAGACCACGGCACCCGUUCCUUGGAGGAAGUGUCUGAAAGUAGCUCCAGCCGGGAUGCCACCCCUCAGGGCUAUCUGCCUGACUCUUCAUCCAUCGGCCCAUCAGCAUUAGUGUCCAGUGGGUCAGCAGGUGGCCCCCCAGUGUUGGUACACUCCAGUGUACUUGCCGAUGCUGCCAUGCUGGUUUCUGACUCCACUGCCUCCUCUUCUGACUUGGGUUCUGCUAUUGACAAGAUCAUUGAGUCAACCAUCGGGCCAGACCUGAUUCAGAGUUGCAUUGCGGUGACAAGUGCAGAAGAUGGUGGUGCUGAAACCACCCAGUACUUGAUUCUUCAGGGCCCAGAUGAUGGUGCCCCCAUGGUGUCCCCAAUGUCUAGCUCUGCCCUGGCCCACAGCUUGGCAGCUAUUGAGGCCCUGUCUGAUGGCCCCACCUCUACCUCUACUUGCAUGGAACCAGCGGAAGCCCAGGGCUGCUCUCCCACCACCAACCCCCCACCAGGCCCCACAGAAGAGCCUGACCUGCAGAGCCUAGAGGCCAUGAUGGAGGUGGUGGUUGUGCAGCAAUUCAAGUGUAAAAUGUGCCAGUACCGGAGCAGCUCCAAGGGCACCCUGCUCAGACACAUGCGGGAGAGGCACUUCCGCCCUGCUUCCACAACAACAGCAUUGAAGAAGGGACGUUCUAGGAAGUGGGGAGCUUCAGCUAAACCCCAGGAGGAAGAAGGACCAGAGGAGGAAGAAGAUGAUGACAUUGUUGAUGCCGGAGCCAUUGAUGAUCUGGAAGAGGACAGUGAUUACAACCCUGCAGAAGAUGAACCCAGAUCCCGGCAGCCACGUCCCCAACGCCCCAUUCCUACAUCCAGUGCUGAACGGCCCCGAAGGAGGCCGGGGAGGCCUCGAAAGCUGCCCCGCCUAGAUCUUCUCACCCCUCCAGAGGGUGUGGAAGGUGAGUCACUGGUGAGUUCUCAGAGUGGACAUGGCCUCCUGGAGCUGCAAGGACCUGAGGCCACUAGCUCAUCAGGCCCAGAGCCCUGUGGACCCAGUGAGGGGUCUGCAGAGCCCAGCGUGAGCCAGUCAGAUGCAGAGAAUACAGCUCCCAACACCAGGGAGGACUCAGAUGUGCCACCUCGACGGCGUGGCCGGCCCUCCCGGCGCUUCCUGGGCAAGAAGUAUCGCAAGUACAUGGGGCAAAGGUACUACUAUAAGUCCCCCAAGCCACUCCUGAGACCUUACCUUUGCCGAAUUUGUGGCUCCCGCUUCCUGUCCCAUGAGGACCUGCGUUUCCAUGUUAAUUCCCAUGAGGCUGGAGACCCCCAGCUCUUCAAAUGUCUGCAGUGCAGCUACCGCUCCCGCCGCUGGUCCUCUCUCAAGGAGCACAUGUUCAACCACGUGGGCAGCAAACCAUACAAAUGUGAGGAGUGCAGCUACACCAGUGUGUACAGGAAGGAUGUCGUCCGACACUCUGCAGUGCAUAACCGGGACCGGAAGAAGAGGCCAGAACCUCCCCCGAAGCUGAGCUCCUUCCCCUGCCCUGUGUGUAGCAGAGUCUACCCAAUGCAGAAGCGUCUUACACAGCACAUGAAGACACAUAGCACUGAGAAACCCCACAUGUGUGACAAGUGUGGAAAGUCCUUUAAGAAGAGAUACACUUUCAAGAUGCAUUUACUAACACACAUCCAAGCCAUUGCAAACCGCAGGUUCAAGUGUGAAUUCUGUGAGUUUGUCUGCGAAGAUAAGAAGCUUCUACUGAAUCAUCAGCUCUCCCAUGUCAGCGACAAGCCUUUCAAGUGUAACUUCUGCCCCUACCGGACCUUCCGGGAAGAUUUCUUGCUUUCUCAUGUGGCUGUCAAGCACACAGGAGCCAAGCCCUUUGCCUGUGAGUUCUGCCAUUUCACCACAAGACACAAAAAGAACCUUCGUCUGCAUGUGCGCUGCCGGCACUCGGCCAGCUUUGAGGAGUGGGGUCGACGUCAUCCUGAGGAGCCACCGUGCCGCCGCCGCCCCUUCUUUUCAAGGCAACAGAUAGAAGAGCUUAAGCAACAGCACGGGCAGCGCCCUGGGCUCCCUGAGUCUGCCACCCUUGAUCCGCCAGACUCCCCAGAGGUUCCCUCAGAGUCAGCAACUCCUGAGACCUCCCAGCUGCUGUGUCCUGAAGCCCUGGGGGGGGCCACCAUCAUUUACCAACAAGGAGCUGAAGAGUCCACAGCUUUGGCCACUCAGACAGCACUAGACCUUCUGCUGAACAUGAGUACCCAGCGGGAGCUGGGAGGAGCUGCCCUACAGGUGGCUGUAGUGAAAUCAGAUGGUAUCCGGGCAGAGCUCUCAUCCUCUCCUGGGGAGCCCGGUUCCCCAGGAGCCUCUCCUCAGGUGGUCACCUUGCACGUGGCUGAGUCUGGAAGUAGCUUUGCUGGGGAGGGUCCAGUGGGUGUGUCAGACCUGCAGCAGAUCACCUUGGCCCCUGUACCAUACAAUGGAGCUAGCUACAGCGUCAUUGCAGCCCCUCCUAUGGAAGAGGGGACCUCUGCCCCAGGAACCCCAUACAGCCAGGAACCCCCAGGGGAGGCCGCACAGGCUGUGGUGGUAAGUGAUGCCUUGAAGGAGCCCAGCACCCACUAUAUCAUGGCAGCAGAUGGGACACAAUUACAACACAUUGAGCUGAGUGCAGAUGGAGGUGUUUCCUUCUCAGGCCCAGGGGUUGCUGAUACUCCAGAAUCUGGGACUAAGUGGCCCCUAUUGCAGUGUGGAGGACGGCCACUGGGCAGAGAUGGCCCUGCACCUCCCUCCCCAGCAAGAGCCCUUAGGGCUGGGGUUACCCCAGUGGAGGACAGAGUGCCACCUACCUCAACUUCCCCACCUCUCCCAGCCACAAAAGCUUUGGGCCUAGUGGCUCCCUCUCCACCCCCAUCUUCCUCAACAGCAGCAGCCACAUCAGCCAAGAAGUUUUCCUGUAAGAUCUGUUCAGAGGCCUUCCCAGGAAGGGCUGAAAUGGAGAGCCACAAACGGGCCCACACCGGGCCCAGCACCUUCAAGUGUCCUGACUGCUCGUUCAUUGCUCACCUGUGGCCUGAGGUUCGGGCCCACAUGGCCCAGCACUCAAGCCUUCGGCCACACCAGUGCAGCCAAUGCAGUUUUGCCUCCAAGAACAAGAAGGACCUUCGGCGUCACACCCUCACCCACACCAAUGAGAAGCCCUUCUCCUGCCACCUUUGUGGGCAGCGCUUCAACCGAAAUGGCCACCUCAAAUUCCACAUACAGCGGUUACACAGCCCAGAUGGAAGGAAGCCGGGCCCCCCAGUGCCCAGGGCCCCUCCCCGUGCCUCCACCCAGACCAUCAUCCUCAAUAGUGAUGAUGAAACCCUGGCUACACUGCAUACUGCCCUACAGUCCAGUCAUGGGGUACUGGGGCCUGAUCGACUCCAGCAAGCGCUGGGUCAGGAACACAUCAUUGUGGCACAGGAACAAACUGUAGCCAAUCAGGAGGAAGCCACUUAUAUCCAGGAGAUCACUACUGCGGAUGGACAGAUGGUACAGCACCUGGUAACCUCAGAUAACCAGGUGCAAUACAUCAUUUCACAGGAUGGGGUACAGCAUCUCCUCCCCCAAGAGUAUGUGGUAGUCCCCGAGGGGCAUCACAUUCAGGUACAAGAGGGACAGAUCACUCAUAUUCAGUAUGAGCAAGGCACCCCUUUUCUGCAGGAAUCCCAGAUUCAGUAUGUCCCUGUAUCUCCAGGACAACAGAUUGUCACUCAAGCUCAGCUGGAGGCUGCUGCCCACUCAGCUGUCACAGCUGUGGCUGAUGCUGCCAUGGCCCAGGCCCAGAGCCUUUUUGGGACAGAAGAGGCAAUGCCAGAGCACAUCCAGCAGCUGCAGCAUCAAGGCAUUGAGUAUGAUGUUAUCACACUGACUGAUGACUGAGGAGACUCAACGAGGGAAGGGAGAAGCUAAGAUGCCACAGACAGUCCUGCCAAAGGAUGGCACAGGAUCUGCCUUGCCAACCAAGAAGAUUCCAUGGGAACCAGGCAAGAGGUAUCCCUGACUUCCUAAUGAACUUGGGCCUGCCUUGGUGCCAGGGCUGAACAGGGCACUGGUGUGGUAAGGUGCUCCUGACCCACAACCACUCCACCCCAUCCCCAACCCUGGAUGAAGCAGAGCACCGGGGCCUGCGGGCAGGCUUCUGAGAGAGGAAAUCUAUUUUUGUUUGGAUAGAUCAGCUGGCAUGUCUGUCUGAAUAAAGAAAAAGGACUAGGAGGCCAGCCCUGGCCAGUUUCACUGGAUUGGGAUGGUUCUCUUUUGCUUUCUCUUUA